UCCAUGACACCGCCCGUUUCACACACGAGCUCGGUUCCCUUUUUAUAUUCACCUCCUCGACACUCUUCUUCAUCUUCCAUGGAACACGAGUGUACCUUCCCAAUGGAGCGAAAUUUCCGAAAUGCCCUUGUCUUCUCCAUUGCCAUCCUUCUCUGCUCCUUCACCUCCCACUCUUCCACUCUCCGACAUCAGACCCUGGUCGUUAACCCUCUUCCCACCUCUCCCACUCUCUCCUGGCCCGAUUCGGAGUUCGUAACCGAUGGUUCUGACUCCUUGUCCGAAACCGCCACUUCUCUCUCCGCACAAUUACUCCACGUCGACGCGCUUUCUCCCUCCGAUACGUCGCCGGAGCAUCUCUUCGACCUCCGUCUCCGGAGAGACUCUCUCCGGGUUGAGACCCUGACUAGCUUCGCCGCCGCUUCCGUUCGAAACGUCACGCAUGCUCCACGCGCCGCCGGUGGGUUCAGCGGCGCUGUAGUCUCUGGACUCUCUCAAGGAAGCGGCGAGUAUUUCACGCGCUUGGGCGUGGGAACUCCGGCGACUUACGCGUACAUGGUCCUUGACACUGGUAGCGACAUUGUCUGGCUCCAGUGCUCUCCCUGCAAGGUCUGUUACAACCAGUCAGACCCGAUUUUCGACCCAGCCAAAUCACGGAGCUACGCCACCGUCCCGUGCGCGUCGAGGCUCUGUCGCCGCCUGGACUCGCCGGGAUGCAACAGCCGUCGGAUGUGCCUCUACCAGGUAUCGUAUGGCGACGGGUCGUUCACCGUCGGAGACCUCUCGACUGAGACGCUGUCGUUUCGCGGCGCGCGUGUGGAUCACGUGGCAGUCGGAUGCGGCCAUGACAACGAAGGCCUGUUCGUCGGCGCAGCCGGUCUGUUGGGUCUCGGCCGUGGUGGAUUAUCAUUCCCUUCUCAAACCAAAAACCGCUUCAAAGGCAAAUUCUCUUACUGUUUGGUCGAUCGGACAUCCUCGGCGAAACCGUCCACCAUUGUUUUCGGCGACGGAGCCGCCGUUAACACCGCCGUCUACACGCCCUUACUAACGAGCCCGAAGCUCGAUACGUUCUACUACUUGGAGCUACUCGGGAUCAGCGUCGGAGGGACACGUGUCCGGGGCGUGACGGCGUCUCUGUUCAAAACCGCCCCCGCCGGUAACGGCGGGGUUAUCAUAGACUCGGGCACGUCCGUGACGCGGUUGACCCGAGCCGCUUACGUGGCGCUGAGGGACGCGUUUCGAGCCGGAGCGUCGAGGCUGAAGCGGGCUCCGGCGUACUCUCUGUUCGACACGUGUUUCGAUCUGUCCGGCAUGACGACUGUGAAGGUGCCGACGGUGGUAUUCCAUUUCAGCGGCGGAGAUGUGUCGCUUCCGGCGACGAAUUACCUGAUUCCGGUGGACUCGAAGGGAAGGUUCUGCUUCGCCUUCGCCGGAACAAUGGGCGGGUUGUCGAUCUUCGGGAACAUACAGCAACAGAGCUUCCGGGUCGUGUAUGACUUGAUCGGGUCACGGGUCGGGUUUGCCCCUCGUGGGUGCUGAGUCAACCUUUUUUUAGUUAAAUCUGUCAAUUGGAAAUCCUUUUUCCGGCGGGAGAAAAAACAAAGGAUUAGAGUGACCAUGAAGAUCUCGAGAUUGAGAUGGAAGAGCACAUUUUGCGUUGUAUUGUUGUUUUAAGCAUAUAUCUACAUAUAUUUGAGAUGACUGAUAUCAAUUUAAUUUCA